AUGUCGCUUAAAUCGAAGUUGACUAAGAUUCAGAAGUUAUGGCUGUAUUAUUUCCCCUGUGACAGAAUCCUUGCAAAGAGAAUAUGUAAAUCAACUGUUAAUACAACAGUGGCUUUCAUAUUUUGCUUGAUACCGAAGAUAACGGCGCAUUUGGGAGCAGCCCCUGCGAUGCUUCCAAUGAUUUCCGUUAUUGUUCACCCUGGGAGAAGGGUGGGAGGUACCAUACAUGGUGCUAUCUAUUGCAUAACGGGGUUAAUAUUUGGACUAGCUUACGCAAUCUUCGGCCGAUUUCUUGCGCAACGAUGCCUAGGGAGUUCUUGGCAUGAAUUAACAGAGGCACAGCAGCAUGUGUUGCACUAUAAAAGAUAUGAAGCAGGAUUAGCAAUUUUGGCUGUUUUCGAAGUGAUUAUGCUUUUUUUUCAUGGCUGGAUGAGAUCUGUGUCUCAUUAUUACUUUGGUAUUGUUUUCCCUCUUUUCGUCGUGGUUCAUUUCGCCUUUAUGGAUCCUUUGAAUGAAACAGCAGGUACUAUUGCUAAAGCUUACAGCACCCCUUUCUACCUGGGCAUUGCAAUGUCGAUUUUUUGGAAUCUUGUAUUGUUUCCUGAAUGGGGAACCACAUAUUUGGGUAACACAACUAUUGAUGCUAUGAAUGAACUUCAUAAGUCCAUUGACUAUUCCAUAAACUUUUUUAUCGCAGUGGAUCCGCACAAUAGUAGCCAACUGUACAGUAGAGAUCCUGUUUCGUUAGGUAAGCUGCUGAAGAUGAAGUCACUGAUUUCUUCUAAAGUUAAUAACUGUCGAGUAGUCCUUCACGAGUGCAUCUAUGAGUUUACCUAUGCUUACGUGUCGCCGACUAAAUUAAAACCAAUUAUUUCUACUUUGGAAAACUUAACAGUCUACAUCAAUGGGUUAGUUAAUACAUGUCAAUUGGAAUUCAUUUUAUUAGCAAGACAUGAUAAUAAGCUCAGGCCUGAUGAUGUUGCAGCUUUAACAUUGCCAAAGAAUAAAGAAAUCAGCUUUGCAAAUGCUGAGAAAUUGCUAAAGGUUAUCGAUAAGUUGCAUCCGGCAAUUUAUAGUUUACAUCGGACAAUGAGUGAGUGCAUGUAUAUGGCGAAAUUGGUACUUGCUCAUGCAUUUGAUGUCAAUGUUUCAAGGGUUCAUUCUUGCUCAAUGUUCAAGGAUGGUAAUUUCCCCACAUUCAGCAAUAACACCAAUAAUCUGCCUAAUGAUAUUGACAUCCAGAAUAAGAUUAAUGACCUAAAGCACGCGUUAGAAGAAUGUAAAGCAAAAUUCAAAUCAGAAAUGUUAGAGUUUGAUAUUGAUAUUAUGAGUCCCAGUGACGAGAUGUUUUUGUUGUCUAGCUUUUUAUUAAACUUCAGACAAACUGCAGAUUCAACUUUGACAAUUAUGGAGUCUGUCAAAGACAUUCUAGUGAAACGCCAGAUACAAGAGAAGAAAGGCUGGUUAAGAGGCAAGAGGCUUUGGUUUUUAGUAUUGAACAACUACGAGACAUUUUCUAUUUGGUUAAAAGGCGAUAGGAAUUCAGUGACCGAAAAUGAUACAUUGAAGGGUACGUUCAAUGGUACUACCAAUGGGUUUGCCCAUGACACAGUCAUCAGAAGACCAGAUUAUGAAGAGAACGAACUUUUGUCUCAAAAAGUUUCAUCGAAUAAGAACCUUGCAAAAGAUGACACAUCAUUAGAUCUACCAAUAACAAGUGAACCCAAAGGGAAUUUAUCUUCUACCUCUGACACUUCUUCCUCACCAUUAACCUUAACCAAAACAACUACAUUCGGAACUAAUAGAACUUCCAAGAGGCAAGGCAGGUUUUCGUUUAUGUCCAUGCUGAUUUCAAUUGAUAAAUUUUGUGAAGUAUCACAUCCUCACUUUAGAUUUGGGUUUCAGGUAGCCAUUGCAUUAAUGUUGGCUUCAUUUCCAAUGUUUAUUCCUAAGACAAGGCAGUGGUAUAUAGACUACCGUGGUACCUGGAUUGGUUUCGUGUGUAUACUUUGUUUGGAACCUUCCGUGGGAGGGACCUUCUGGGUCUUCUUUUUGCGUGCUGUGGGAGUUAUUUUUGGAGCGGCCUGGGGUUAUCUUUCUUAUGUUGCUGCUGUCAACCAAACCAAUCCAUAUUUGGAAACGGUCAUUACCGUUUUUGGAGCCAUUCCUGGGUUUUACUAUUUAUUAGGUACACCCUACGUGAAGGCCGCAAUCAUUGAAAUUAUUAGUAUUUAUAUUGUUAUGCUUGCCGCAAUACUUCCCUCCCAAGAUGAUAUUCUGACCAGUUUUGCCAAGAGAUGUUUAGCUGUCGGGUAUGGUGGAGGAGUAGCAUUAAUAGUUCAGGUGUUUUUCUUUCCAUUGAAAGCACGGGAGCAAUUAAAUGAGGAAAUUUCCUUUGUCUGUGGUUGUAUAUCGGAAAUGGAACUUCUCUACGCCACCGGAUUAGAAGGAGAGCAAGUCGCAGACAGUAUGAGCGACGAGAAAUACAGAAAAAUCGAAAAGAUAUCAAAAAGUGCUAAGGAGGCGUUGGCCCGUGCUACGGCCUACAAAGGACUAACUAGGCAGGAACCGAGAUUAAAGGGCGAAUACACCGAGUUGGAGAAUGUUUUCACUCAAGUUAUAUUUAUUCAGAAGCAAAUCAUAGAAAGAAUUGAUACGAUUUCCCUACUAAGAAAGCAAAAUGGAAGUGCUGUCAUUGAAGAAUUCAACAGUGCAGUCUAUCCAUAUCGACGCCAAAUGGUGGGAAGCGUUUCAUGCCUAAUGAGAGCACUUCAAGAGGCAUUUAUAAAUAAGACCCCGUUACCCCAAUUUUUGCCCAGUGCAAGAAUUGCUCACAGAAGACUGAUUAAUAAAGUGCGUCAAACCUUACGAAUAAGAUAUCCUGGACAAAUUUCGAACCUGAGUGAUAAAGUACAAAAGCUGAAUAAAGGAAACUACGCUGACGGUGAUGAAGAAGAUGACGAUGAAAAUGAAGGCCUAGUGAUGACAAUGAAUAGACGGGGACAGACCAACACAACGGUUAAUCCUCACGAAUACGUUCUAAAAGAAAAAUUUUUAAGCUGGAACGCAUCUAGUGCUGCAUCGGAGGAAAUAAUUGAAUAUAUUGAAGAACUGUUAAAUUUGACUAAAAUUUUGGUUGGUGUAAAUGAGUUUAAAUACGGAUUUUUAUCGCGUCCACUUUACGAGGACUGGGCUGCAGAGGCGGUAACAGGAUUUGAUAAUUUUAUCAACGGAAAAAGUAACCCCAGGAAGACACGGCGCAAUCGGACCCCAUUUGAUGGUACUUCUAUAAUUUCGGAAGGAAAUGAAAGUUUACAAAGUUCAAAUUCUAACGAAUCUCAAAUUUCUCCUGAUUCCACAAGAAGUUAUGAGCCGGAAUGUCCCAUGGCAUACGAAGGAAAUGAUAAUCCGGCAGCAUUGAACCUAUCGCGGAUCGCUUCUCACAAAGCAGGCCAAAACUCAGAUGGCUUACCAAAGACGUUUAGAAAUAGAGCAUUUUCCAUAGCUUCUACCUCUGGUCAAUUGUCGAGCUUAAGCAGACAUAGCACCCUUGGUAAUGCGGAUCCGAAUUACCUAAACGAUGAUGAAAGCUCCGAUGAUGAUUUACCAUUAGCUUUGAAAAUGGUGCUAAGUCACAUGAAGGAGAAGAAGGACUGA